AUGCCUCCUCCAACUGCACAGUUCUUGGGCAGUUCGCAAGCGGGAGAAAAUGAAAGCCAAAAUCAAUCGUCAGGCCAAGCUGAGGAGCAAAAUCAGGAGCAUGGGCAAGGGCCUACUCCUAUUUUGAACCAAAUUCAACCGGCACCAUCACAACCGCAACAUCAACAACCGAGAAAUGAGUCGAUCUCGUAUUAUACAAACUUUAACCAGCCACGAUAUUCUACGGACGCGUCUAUCAACUCUUUCUUAAACAUAUCUGAUAAUGUACCAGUAACAGGUACAGGAGGUCCUAAUGCCGGCAGCACUUAUUCCAAUCUUCCACGACUCUCUACUUCAAGUACACAUCAACCGCCAGACUUAUCACAAAUCGGACGCGGCUUUUCCAUUGUAAACAACCUCUUUCCGCAACAGCAGCAACUCCAAAAUCAGCAUCGACAACAGCAACAACAACAGCAGCAGCCGCAACAGCAACCUCCGUUCAAGACGCCUUCAUUUUCGACGGGAUUAACGGGAAGUUCUUCUCAAUACCAGUUUUUACCAAGAAAUGAUAAUACUUCGCAACCGCCUUCGAAGAGAAAUUCCGUUUAUCUUGGACCAAAUGAUGGGGCAGACUUUGAGUUUUUCAGCAUGCAGCAGUCACAGCAACCGCAAUUUCAGCCUAGCAGUAGCAGGGAAUCAAACUCUAUGAGACCUCCACUGUUAAUACCUACCACAACUUCUAAAAACCAAUCGAAUGGUAUCAAUAAUAGCGGGAAUAUAAGUACAAAUGCAGAUUAUGAAUCAUUUUUUAGUGCUGGUGCAAACAACGGUAAUUCUAAUCAGAACCCAUACUUUUUGAGUUCAAGAAAUAAUUCUUUAAAGUUCAAUCCAGAAGAUUUUGAUUUUCAAUUCAAAAGGCGCAAUUCUUCUGUUAGAGGUACUUUGGAUCAUAGCAACCAAAAUGCGUUUAUAACUGAAUCAAGAUUAAACUCUCUUUCCGUUAACAAUAAAGCUAAUAGUGAUCCCGUUGUAGGUAAUAGUAAUGUUACUGAUAGCGUGAAUGGAAAAAGUAACGAAAUUGACAAUGACGUUGGCAACGACGGUAACAAUAACAAAAACGGCAACAACAACAAUAAUAACGAUAAUAAUGACAAUAGUAUCAAUUCUACAUCCAGUACUAAUAUCCCAAACCAAGAGGACCAUAGCCUUGUUUCUACCAAUACCACGGACAAUAGUAGGAAAGAUCUAAAGGAAAUAGAACAAAGACUUCGAAAACAUUUGAAUGAUGAGGAUAAUUACCCAAAUACAAUGUCAAGACCAUUGGACAAAAAUCCUGAGGUGAUCGAAGGCAGUGAAGGAUCGAACAAACAUAUAGACGAGUCUGGUAUGCAACCGAACAUCAGCAAGAAGAGGAAAAAAGAUGAUUCUGUUGUAUACGUCAAGAAUGAGGCGCCCCAUGUUGAACCCCCGAUAACUAAAGACAACUCCGUUUCUGCUGAAGGUGCAGCAAUGGGAAGCUUUUCUGGUAAAGAACCUCCUAUGCCUGAUAUGGGUUCAGUAGGUGAUGAUGCUACUAACCUGAUAGGUGCAACAAAGGUUGACCAACUAAUGUUGAUUAUUCAGGCAAGAAAGAAAGGUUUUACAGAGAAAGUGAAUACCACUCAAGAUGGAGACUUGCUGUUCAAUCAAACGAUGGACAUUUUGCCACCCAAAAAUGAACUAGUAGGUGGGGUAGAAAAACCAAAAGGCACACAUAAUACACGAGCUAUUAAGAAACAUGAAUGCCCGUAUUGUCAUCGGCUUUUCUCACAAGCGACCCAUCUGGAGGUUCACGUUCGCUCCCAUAUAGGCUACAAACCAUUCGUUUGUGAUUAUUGUGGCAAGCGCUUUACACAAGGCGGCAAUUUAAGAACCCAUGAAAGACUACAUACAGGCGAAAAACCAUAUUCAUGUGAUAUUUGUGAUAAAAAAUUUUCGAGGAAAGGGAACUUAGCUGCUCACCUGGUUACUCAUCAAAAAUUGAAACCAUUUGUUUGCAAAUUAGAAAAUUGCAACAAGACAUUUACACAAUUAGGAAAUAUGAAGGCCCAUCAGAAUAGAUUCCAUAAGGAAACAUUGAAUGCUUUAACGGCAAAAUUAGCCGAGAUGAACCCAUCUGAGAAUAUACCACUUGAAGAAAGACAACUUUUGGAGUACUUUGCAUCGAUCUAUAAAAAUUCAAACAGAGGAAUUAAGGGCAGGGGAAAAGGUGUUGGAACGAAGAAAUCAAUAAUCUCCUCACCAGAAAACCAUCCUGCGAGCACAAUUUUGAACCCCAAUGCGAGUUCAAACAAUGUUAUUGCUAAUGAUCCUGAAAAUGCUGGUAACCCUGAAGGUAAUAUUGACAACAAUGGUAAUAGUAAUCCAGCCUCACAUACUAUGAUCUCGCCGACUCAAAAAGACAUGGGAACACUUCAAUCACAAUUUAUACACAACAAUUUUAACAAUUCUGUGAACAGCUCAAACUCCUCCAAUCAACCGAUCAUAAACUACAAUUACACUACCCUACCUCAUUCUCGAUUAGGAAGUAGCGGUUCCAACAAUACAAACACAAACAACAACAAUUUUUCGGUAGGUGCUGCUCCAGGUGUAUUAAUGGCGCCAGCCGCCAAUAAUGACUUCAGUUUCAACUUGGAUCAAUCUAAUGAUAAUGAGAGAUCUCAGCAAGAACAGGUGAGGUUUAAGAACAUUAAUUACAAGAGCUAG